UUCAAACUCGGGGAAUACGCACAUGAUUUGGUCAUAACCUUCUUCGCUGGUUCGCGUCAAGAGCUGUAGUCCUUGUCGCGCAAAUCUGAUCGGUUUGAGUUCUUGCUUGCGUUUCACUCACCUUAAACGCCGCCUUCUUCUGUUGGGUACUGAAAUUGUUCCUGUUGCUGGAGAAUCACCAAAGGAAAAGUUCUGCGGAAAUUUUGUUGGGGGUUGCGUGUGCCUGUCUGGUGUCUUACAGCGUCGAUUUGUGAAGUUGGAAGCGUGAUGGCCGCUCAAGCUUUCUUUUCACCGAGCGUAGCUCUUGAUACACUUUCUGCGGCGCGCUGUUUACUCGACAUGUCAAAAAUUUUUCCGAAGAAACCCGCGCCGGUGAACUCUGAAAACACGCCAUCGUCUCCUUUGUUGAUGUUCGCGAAAAUCCUGGCUUCGAUGGAAGAAGAGUGCUCGCUGAUAAAGAAACAUUCAUGUCUUGGGAACACUACGAAUCAGACAUCGAACGUGAAGGCAGGAGCCGGCUUCGGAGUACAUUUUAAGGAAACAGAGCGCGAAAAAUUUGCCUCCGAUGUAACCCCGAACGAGAAUGGUGGCGUUACAGGAUACGGUAAUGACGACACGCCCUCUGAACUGUUCACGAUACCAAAACAAAAGCCUCGGCGCCGAAAUUCGCGCCGGAGAAGUGAACAAGAGAAGAAAAUUCACGCUUGCCACUACAACGGUUGCGAUAAAAAAUACGGCAAGAGCAGUCAUCUAAAGGCACACCUCCGCACGCACACGGGAGAACGCCCGUUUCAUUGCACUUGGUCUGGCUGCGAGAAAAAAUUUGCUCGCUCUGACGAACUCGCACGGCAUUAUCGCACGCAUACGGGGGAGAAACGCUACGUUUGUGGCAUCUGCAGCAAGCGUUUCAUGAGAAGUGAUCAUCUUUCGAAGCACGCAAAAACGCACGGAUUGAAAUCCCGCAAAGAACUAGCGAGACCCACAAAUCCAAUGUUCUUUUGAAGUCGAACGCGGUGGGUACGCGUUGAAAGAGACAACUGUGCGAGAGUUCGCGUGCAAUUUUACUGUCAGUUGUAAAGAAUGGCUUUGCCGGUCGAUUUCUGCGGCGAAAACUGUGCGAUAAAUGGAAAAUCAGUAGGGGACAUUUUAAAAUAGAAUUCCAAUGAUGUUAUAUUAGCUAGUAGGUUUCUUCAAUUACUUUUGUUCCCGGACAAUUGUAUUUGACAUAUUCUGAGAAGUUUACAAAAACGCUGUCCAAUCGACCAUUGAUUUUAUAUUUUUGAACGAGAAUAGUCGAUGAUUUAGACGCAUUUCAUCGUAAAUUUUAAUGUUAGACAUCACAGAAUAUUCACAAAGUAAUUUUGUAGGUUGAAAAGGUGUUCCUUACACCCUUCUUUUUAAGUAAGGAUAUUUUUUUUUGCAAACGGUGAAAGUUUUUAAUCGAACGUAUGGCAAACCGGUGUUGAAAUUCAGCUGGACUGGAUAAACAUGCUACCUUUUAUUAUAUCGCUUUGUUUGAAACUUGAAAUGACGUGAGGCCACGCAGACGUGAGGUGAAUCAUUUAAUAAAAAUUACCUUUAUGAUUGUA